CAAGUAAUUACAUAAUCAAUUUGGCUUUGUCAGGUCAGGUGCUUUUUCAUCUAGUGCGCUAUGAUUAUAUAUAUUUCUCCAUACUCACACUACAAGCACUUCACUUGAAACCACCAUUCUAUUUUAAGCAUUUAAACCCACCUUCUCCUAGGCCAAGAACAGAGCAUCAAUCAGGAAGGGAAGAAAUUAAAGAAGACAGAAGAUCAAUAUGGAGUUUUGGAAGCUAUUCGUUGUUGCAUUAAUGCCUGUUCUGAAGGUGCUUUUGGUUACUGCUGUUGGGACAUUCCUGGCACUUGAUCGCUUUGACAUACUCAACGAGACCGCCAGGAAACACCUGAAUACUAUGGUAUUUUUUGUCUUCGCUCCUACUCUUGUUUGUAGCAGCCUAGCUGAAACAAUAACCUUUAAGAGCUUGGUUAUGUUAUGGUUCAUGCCGGGGAAUGUUCUUCUGACAUUUAUAAUCGGUACGGUUCUUGGAUGGUUACUACUCAAAACAACUAGAGUUCCUCAUCAUCUUCAGGGCCUUGUGUUGGGGUGCUGUGCUGCAGGAAAUCUAGGAAAUUUACCUCUUAUUAUUGUCCCAGCUGUAUGUAAAGAAAGAAGCAAUCCUUUUGGAGAUGUGGGUGUUUGCUAUAGAAAUGCUCUAGCAUAUGCUUCUUUAUCAAUGGCACUAGGAUCAGUUUACACUUGGUCUUAUGUGUACAACAUUAUCCGCAUAUAUAAUUCAAGCAAGAUCUCCAAUGAAGUCAACCUUGAUGAUUCCCUGAAAAGUCAUCCAGAAAACAUUUCAACAUGUUCUGCAGGAGCAUUGGUUACUACCCAGGAUGGAUUACAGACUGAUCAGGUGAAGCAGCUUGAAAUUGAAUGUACAAUGCCUGUUGAGCCAGCAGAGGUGCGCAAAAGUGGGAAAAUUAUGAAACAACUGAAAAUAUUAGCUGAAAAGAUCAAUCUGAAGGUAUUGUUUGCACCUGCAACGACCGGAGCGAUUGUUGGUUUAAUAAUUGGUGCAGUUCCUCCAUUUCGAAAUCUAUUAGUUGGUGACAAUGCUCCUCUCCGUGUGGUUGAAGACUCGGUAAUUAUGCUAGGAGCUGCAGGCAUUCCAGCAAUGACAUUGUUGGUUGGGGCAAAUCUUAUUAAGGGUUUAAAAGGAGUAAGGAAGCAGCUUCCAGUUAUUGUUGGCAUUGUUGUGGUUAGAUUUAUUGCCUUGCCAAUAAUAGGCAUAGGCAUUGUUAAAGGUGCAGUGCAUCUUGGAUUGAUCCACAAUGAUCCAUUGUACCAGUUUCUUUUGCUGCUUCAAUUUGCCCUUCCACCUGCAGUAGCUAUCAGUACAAUCACUCAAUUAUUUGGAGCUGGUGAGGGUGAAUGCUCAGUUAUCAUGUUAGCAACUUAUUCUUGUUCUGCAGUUUCACUUACACUUUGGUGCACCUUCUUUAUGUGGCUUGUAUUAUAAUAAUUAAUUAAGAGCACUGAUUCAAGAGUUAAAAGUGGAAUUUUUCUUAAAAGAGUUGUAUUUAAAUAAUGCUAUCAGUGUACUAUUGAGUACUGUAACUUUCUGUAAAAAUGUUUAUAAUUUUUAGAUUACUUAACCAUGUCUUUUAGGCCA